GGAAGGGCUAAGAGCCAGGUCAGGUGCUGGCCUGAGGGCUAGUUGGAUAGAAACUGGGAUCAGCCCAGGGUGUUUGGCAAACUUGACAUUUAUAACCCUGGGGAGAUGAUUCCCCGAAGAUUCAAGCACCUGCCUAGACGAUCUUUUCUAGAAACGCCACUGUUAAGUGAGAGAGUAGAUGGAAGAAGAAUUUGGGAUGAGGGUGAAGUGUUUUAAAGCCUGUGUGGUUAGAGCACAGGCUCUGGGUUCACUAGCUGUAAAACCUUAAGUCACUUAACCUCUCUGUGCCUCAGUUCCCUCAUCUGUAAAAUGGGGAUGAUGAUGGUAAUACCCAUUUCAUAGGAUUCAUGUGAAAAUUAGAUGAGAUGAUGCCUGUAAAAUUACUUAACACAGCACAAUAAAGUAGUACCUAUUGUUUUCCACUUUUAUUAUUAGAGCUGCUUGAGCAUAUUUUGAUGCUGAUGGGAAGGAGCAGGUAUAGAGGAAGGCAUUGAAGACAGAGGGGAGAGAAAAGAGACUAGAGAGAAAGGGACCCAGAGGAUGGGGGUAAGUCUUGGGUGCCUCUCCUAUGCCAAAUCAGGGGAAGGAGGAAACAGAUAGACAGACAUGCAGGACAGUUUGCAGAUUCAGGGUGUACAGUUAAGGGAGUGACUUUCUGAUAGUGUUGAAGCAGGCCUCAGGAUUUGCUGGGAGGCUAGAGUUCCCGGUUUACACUGCAGUGGUGGGGGUUCUGUGCCCUCUUUGCCAGCCGUGCCUGGCAGCCCUCGUGUCAUACCAGGGAAGAUGGACGGUUGAAUUUAGGGUCAUUUGGCAAUGUCUGACCUUCCUGGCCCACCUGUGAAGUUCAAGUAAAGUUCAUAGAUAUGAAAACACUAUAAAAGCAUAAUUUACCGUUUUAACUCUUUCCCCUGAUUUUGAGGAACUGGAGGGCUGUGGCUGUGGCCAACAUCUGAGUAAAAUGUCAAAGCCUUUGGGGCACUUCACUUGGGCUACACAGCAUGCCACACUUUAACCUAUAAUUUCAUUAAGUCAUCACAACAGUUGGGUGAAGUAGGUAUUGUCCCAUUUUACAGAUGCAGAAACUGAGGUUCAGAGAAGUGAAGGACAAUGUCCCAGGACCCACAGCUAGUAAAUGGUGGACCCAGGAUCGCAACUCAGAUCUGUCUGACCUCAAAAUGCAUGAUUUGAAACCACUGUGAAAGUUUUCAAAGCCCCUGUAGCAGCCCAGCAGGACAGAUGUGCAGGGACAUCUUCUCCAUUUGAUAGGAGAGAUAAGUGGGAUACUAUGAUCUCCAUCCUGGGCUCUAAAGAUUCUACUAAGCUCCCUUGUGUCUCUCUUAUGUAGGUGGAGGAAAACAGAGCUUAGAGCCCCACAGCCCAGAGGGGAGGGGCUGAAUGAAUCUCAGGCCUGGUAUGAACUCAUUAGAAGCUCUGUGUCUUUGAACCAGGCAUCUUGCUUCUCUGAGCCUAUACACGGCUGCAGAAUUCCCAGCAGGUUGUUGUAAGGAUUUGGAGAGAAAAUGUUGCCCAGCAGACAUGCCAAGAGCCAUUAUUCCCACAGCUCAGUUUCCCUGCAAAAGUGGAUCUAUUAACAGAUCCCGCUUGGCUGCUGAGACCAGCUGCCCUGGUCUUGUAUUUGUUGAGCGCUUUGUUCUCCUCAGGGCAGGGAAGUGGUGGCGCCUGAACCGAGUAUGUAGCCACCUAUGACUUCCUGAGUGGGUGUGGGGGUGGGCCCUGAGGAGUCUGUGGUCCCAAGGCCUUGGACUUCAAAGGAGGGGAGGGCCCUGUGUCAUCACCAGGACCGAUGCCGAAUGCUACAGGAGUCGGGUCAUCACAGGCUUUCCUGCUGCCUCUGGUCGCCUUUGCUGUGGGGUCCCAAAACCUUAGCGCCCAGAGACCACCUGUUGCAACUCCUUUUUUUUGUUGUUACAGAUGGGGUAAUCAAGACCCACUGUGAGGAAGUGACUUUUACCUGAGGUCACCCAGAUGUUGGACAGGGCAGAGCAAAAAAAGCACUAGAACUUGAAUUUUUGGACCUGCUUCCAGGACCCUGGGGAUUUCUACCAGGAAGGUGAGCACCCCCAUGGAGAGCUCCAGGCUGCUCAAAGGAACCAGGGAACACAGACAAGUGGCCAGCAGUGGCCCUCUCCUCUGAUGUGCCCAGGUAGGAGGCAGAGGAAGCCGGUGGAAGCCCCAAACUCUCAGACAGGGGAACUCUAACUGUGCUUCCUGAAAGUGUGUGACACGGUUCUUUUUCUCUGACUCUCUUUCUUGCUUUUUCUCACUCUAAAAAAUGACUGGACACUCCUGAAGCCUUCAGUCACCAUCCAGGGGAUUUUUUUCACCACAAAGGGUAAUUCCUGCCCCAUCCCUGCUGUGACUCAGCUGUGACGUUGAACCACACAAGCCAGAGAGAAGAUAAACUCAUCAGAAAGUCCUGCUCACCAGAGAGGGAGGCCCAGACCAGGACCCACCUCUCCUGUCAUCACAGACUCCACGGGGCUGGUCCCCUGCCCUGGAAGAGCUCAGACGGGCCCUCUGGCCAGCCUGGGACCCUGGGAUGGCCUCCAGCUCAGCCGGCAGCCCCCGCCCAGCCCCUGAUGAGAAUGAGUUUCCCUUUGGGUGUCCCCCCACCUCCUGCCAGGAUCCAACAGAGCCCAGGGCUCUCUGCUGCACGGCUUGUCUCUCUGAGAACCUGAGGAACAGUGAGGAUCGGAUCUGUCCCAAAUGCAGAGGGGACGACCUCCACCCUGUAAGCCCAGGAAGCCUUCUGACUCAGGAGAAGGUUCACCCUGAGAUGGAUGAGGCUGGAGUUGGGUGCCCCUUUGCAGGUGUUGGCUGCUCCUUCAAGGGGAGUCCACAAUCCAUGCAGGAGCAUGAGGUCACUUCCCAAGCCUCCCACCUAAACCUGCUGCUGGGGUUCAUGAAACAGUGGAAGGCCCAGCUGGGCUCUGGCCUAGGGUUUGGGCCCAUGGCCCUGGAGCAGAACCUGUCAGACCUGCAGCUACAGGCAGCCGUGGAGGUGACGGGGGACCUGGAGGUGGACUGCUACCGGGCACCCUGCUCUGAGAGUCAGGAGGAGCUGGCCCUGCAGCACUUCAUGAAGGAGAAACUCCUGGCUGAGCUGGAAGGAAAGCUACGUGUGUUUGAGAACAUUGUCGCCGUCCUCAACAAGGAGGUGGAGGCCUCCCACAUGGCCCUGGCCGCCUCCAUCCACCAGAGCCAGCUGGACCGAGAGCGCAUCCUGAGCUUGGAACAGAGGGUGGUGGAGUUGCAGCAGACGCUGGCUGAGAAAGACCAGGUCCUAGGCAAGCUGGAGCAGAGCCUGCGCCUCAUGGAGGAGGCAUCCUUUGAUGGCACCUUCCUGUGGAAGAUCACCAACGUCACCAGGCGGUGCCACGAGUCAGCCUGUGGCAGGACUGUCAGCCUUUUCUCCCCAGCUUUCUACACUGCCAAGUACGGCUACAAGUUGUGCCUGCGACUGUACCUGAAUGGGGACGGAACGGGAAAGAGGACCCACCUGUCGCUCUUCAUCGUGAUCAUGAGAGGGGAGUACGAUGCUCUGCUGCCGUGGCCUUUCCGGAACAAGGUCACCUUCAUGCUGCUCGACCAGAACAACCGUGAGCACGCCAUUGAUGCCUUCCGGCCUGACCUGAGCUCAGCGUCCUUCCAGCGGCCCCAGAGUGAAACCAAUGUGGCCAGCGGCUGCCCCCUCUUCUUCCCCCUCAACAAGCUGCAGUCGCCCAAGCACGCCUAUGUGAAGGAUGACACCAUGUUUCUCAAGUGCAUUGUGGAGACCAGUGCUUAGGGUGGGAGGGUUGGCUCCUGAGGGAGCACCAGCUCAGACUGGGGGCUUAGCAAGAUGACUGUGAUGUCCUGUUCUUGGCGCCCAAGAACCCAGGGCACAAGGAUGGGCCAGGGCUAGCAUGAUCUGAGCAGGACUGUUGGGUUGAUCAGUGCUGGCCCUCACCUGAGGAUGGCAGGACAUGGGGCUGGGCACACAAAGGAAAGGGUCCAGAAGGAGGUGGGCAGAACUAUUCCCUUCCUCACCAACCACAUGACACUGGGAGGCCAGGGAGCCAUGCCAGCCCUGAAUAUUGAGGCAGACUUCGACCAAGAUGGGGAAAAAAUGGCACCAGGCCUAGAGCUGCAGGACCCGAGCAGAGAAGCCACCAGGCUGGGAGGCCUCUGUAGGGACCACAGAGAACUGGAAACAGGCUCGCUCUCUUCCUGCCCAGGGGCAGAACCAGGACCAGCGUGCCCAUGUGAAUUCAGUCUGUCUAGGCCUGGACUGAGUUCCCUGUCCCUGGAGGUGAACAAACAAAUUCAGAAAGCUACUGGAGCAUCACAUUGGGGGUUGGAUUUGAAGAACUUUAUGGCUCCUUCCAGCCCAGAAAGUCGCUAAUUCUAGGUCUUCUGGCCCAGGUGAGGCCUAGGGCUGCAGGGGGUUUUGGAAACACUCAGGAGCCUCAUGCCCUCUGGGUUCUUCACCCACCUUUAGUACCCCCAGGUGGACUGAGCUGGCCCACAAGGCACCUGCUCUCCAGGCCUGGCAGCUCACCUUUACCAACAUGCAGGAGCACACACAGCCCUUGCGUCCUGUCCUCUACCAGCCAAACACCCCUCUGCCUCAUCCAGGUGAAACCAGGUCACUGUGAGCUCCAAGGGCAUAAACUUCCCACUUCCUUGCCUGGAGGCCCCACAUUUCCAGAAUCCCAUGUCACCUCAUUAAUCCCAUAUUCACCUCUCUCAGUUGACUGAUCAAGGCCUCUGAGCCACUGAGCAGAAGUUGUUCUUUGUCUGUGUAUAAAACCAAAGAAAGAGUUUUUAAAAUCUCUUUUAGAUUUUUCACAAAGUGCCUGGCUGUGAGAGUUGGUCAUAGCGAGCCAAGUUUGAAAAGGCCAUUGCUGAGUUUGAGGUGGUGCCGCCAGUUCUGCAGGUGGUAGCAGAGGCCAGCGUGCUGGCAGGAACGUCCUCCUUGGCCUGUCUUCUCUGUCCUAUAAUGGGAGACCCACCCCAGCCUGCCUCCCACAUUGGGUUCUCCGGCCCUCAAAGGAGAUGCCACAUGGGAGAGACUGGGGAGAGAGAGGCCCUGGUUACCGCUGCCUCCCUGUCACAGUCUGGUGGUGGCCCACGCUUGUCUUCUCACCUUGGAGGCCUCACCCAGUGUUCCAGAGACCCUGAGACUUCCUGCUGCUCUCCAUGGCAGCCUUCCUGACAGCUUACUUUUCUUCCCUUUGCUGAGGCUAUAAUAGACUUCACUCCUCAAACCUUCAAGGUUUCUUCUGCAAAAUGGGCCAGCAGGCCUGUCUGUUCUCUCUAGCCCAGCAUCUGGGAGGAUCAAAGGAGGUGAGGGAGCAUCGUGGCAUAGUAGGCUCAAUAGGUCAGACAGCCGAGGUCCAGCCCGGCUGUAAACCUGGCAUCCCUUCGUGCCUCAGCCUGUUCAUCCGAAAACCAGGAGGAGCCCAGCUCAUGGGGUUCACAGGAGGCCCCGCCGCAGUGAUGGAGCACCAACGCUUUGCACAUGCAAUGGCAUCUUCUGUGCGUGACAGGCUGCAAACACGCCAGGGCUGCUUUUCUUGUUCCCACUGCUGAUAGCAUGUCAGCAAUGGAGACUGACUUGCUUCCCUUUGACAGGUGGAUGUAACAGGUAAAGAUCUGGCCUACCAAGUUAUGGGGCUUCUGCCUCGGAGCUGGUGUCCUAGCAAUGACCUCUCUAUCCCUUCUCACGGAGUGCUGAGCUAAAGGGGGAUUCGUAGGAUAAGCCACAAAAGGGACUCCUGUCCCUCUACAGCUUUAAUUGCUCCUUUCUGAUGGGAAGAGACACAUACUCUCUUCAAACAGUGUGAGAUGCAUCCAUUCUUUCAGCAAAGCUUUACUGACACGGUGUGUGUCAUCUGCUGAGAUGGACUCUGGGGAGAAGGAAGGUAAGAUGUGCACCCUGCCCUCAAGAAACUUUUAGUUCUGUGGGGGAAACAGGCCCGUAAGUAGAUUUUUAUGGCUGAAAGUAAGAGAAGCUCAGAGAAAGUGCAGAAUCCCAGAUCCGUUGGGUGGGGCAGGGAGGGCUUCAUGGCAGAGGUGGCAUUUAAACGAAGCCUGGAAAUAUUUUGAAAUGCAGAAGAUGGGGGGACAAGGGAGAGUACAGACUUGGAGACAGGAAGCGGGCUUGCCUGCGGGCGGGGUCUCUGUGGCAGGAUGGUGGAGGGAAAUGGAAAGGAAGGAUGAGCUGGAGUGUAGAUGGCAUCAGAUGUGGCGCUGCAGGCCGGCGCGGUGGCUCACGCCUGUAAUCCUACCACUCUGGGAGGAUGAGGCGGGCGGAUCGCCCGAGGUCAGGAGCUGGAAACCAGAUGUGGCACUGCUCUCCCCACACCACCUGCUGGGUAACCCUUGGCCUGCUAACAGCAGGAUGAGACAAUGAUUUAAAAUGUUGGAUACUUCUCUUCCAACAAAGUUGCGUUAAAUGCACCAAAGACCUGAUAUUCCAUCGCUCAUAGGAGACUUGAGGAUGGGGGAGGCAAGACGCAGGCAGAGCCCCUGUGUCAGUGGCUCCUCACAACCUCCCAGGUGUGGCAGGCACCCUUCAAUCCCCUUUUACAGAAUAGGAAACUAAGACCUAAGAGAGCAGGUGCCUUGCUCAAAGCUUGGGGCGGUGGAAGCUGACAUUAGAAACCACAUCUUUUGUUUCUAGUUACUUUCCCUCCUCUUCAAGCUUCCUUUUGAGUAGAGUCUUCAGCCACAAUGAGGUUACAUCCUCAUGGGAGGUCUUGGGGGACUGUGGGUCCUUCUGCCCCCAGCUAGAGGGCCAGCCCUGCAGGACCAGGAGGGCAGGGCACACAGGCUGCUCACAGAGGCCACCUGGUUGGUGUCCACAGGUGACGCUCAGACAGCCCUGGGCGGGGAGGACGACUGAUAUUUAUGCCUUCGGUUGCUCAUUUCUGAUUGUAAGAGACACAUACUCAUAACAGAAAAACUGGAAAACUACAAAAGUAACAUGCAGAAGAAAGUAAAAAUCACCAUGAACCCAGCGUCCAGAGAGUACUACUGACAUUUUAGUCAAUUUUCUUUGUCUUUUUGAAAAGGUAGAUACAGCACACAAACACAGAUACUUUUCAAAACAUAAUUAGAAUCACAUUAGUGACUGUCUGGUGCUCUCCCUUUUUCUCUUAACAUCCUCCUACAACAUUCUACCAUUAAUUAGCCCCUUCUUGUAGGCAAAGACGGGAAACUAAGAAAAGUGAAGUAAGUUACUCAAGGCCACUCCAGAGAAGUGGAGGAACCAGCAUUCACACUUAGGCCUUCUGAUGCCAAAGCCAGGGCCGAAAUUGUCAGAACUGAUUUCAGAUGGAGAAACCGAGGCACAGAAGGGAGGUGAUGUGCCUGUGAUCACAUGACCAGUUCCUGAGAGGGUGAGGCCUUGACCUCAGGUCUCUGCACUCUUUGUCCUGCACCAGUGUUGGGACAGGGCUUGCCCUGGGGGCACCAAGGAGAGGAUGGAGCAGGCAGGACAAGGCAGGGCAGGGCAGUGCGCUCACCACCUGGGCAGGGCACAGUGACACACACCUUCUGCUUUCCAGCGGCUCAGACCCAGGGGAAUAAGCCCGAUCUGCUCUCCUCUAUGGAGCCCCCGCAGAGACUCGCUAAGCCUUGGUUCCUACUCCUGCCACGUGGGUGAGAAUCCUGACCUCACGGUAUUGUUGUGAGGAUGCCAAGAUUGCCAAAGCCACUGCUUUGUACUCUGUGGGGUCCCAGUCUAAGAAUGACAGAAUCUCAGACAGUCAUGGAGUGUUUAGCUCGAUGCCAGACAGCGCACUGGGGGCUCUGCCUGCCUCAUUCCACAACACGGUCAUGAAAAACCCCCGAGGGAGGUGUGAUUACCAGCAUCUCUGUUCCACAGAGGAGGAAACCCAGGCUUCAAGGGGUAACAGGCACUCACCCAAGGACACACAAGGGCCGGGAGCCAUCACUUGAACCAAGAUCAGUCUAUGCCAGAUUCAAACCCUUAAGUCUGAUGAUUCGAUCUGUGACCAGGAGCAGCAUGAGAUUGUGGGGAGAGUACAAAAACAUAAAGCCAUCAGUUAUGAGAUCCACAUUUAGUUCAGCAGACUACAGCUUAAUUUUUUUAAAUGCCAUAACAAAAUGAUGAUAGCUAUCAUUUGUUGAGCACAAACUUUACUUGCAAGUAUCAUACUUGAUAAUGGACCUAAGAGGAAGGUCUGGUUUUCCUCACUUUAUAGAUGAAAGAACAGUCUCAGAGAGGCCAGACAUUUCCCCAAGGUCUUUACCCACUGUGGUGUCCUCUCCAGGGACUGAGGGACGCGGGGGGAGUCAAAUGAGCUGUGCCGUGCCUUCUGGCCAGCUGCCAGACCUUCUUCUCCAGGACCCCUCUCCAGGCGAGAUGCCCCCUGCCUGGAGUGCUCCAGCCUGGGGGGCCACUUGGGUGGGAUUGACACCGGCUGCAGGGAGGGGUAGGAUGAGGUUGGGAGGCCGAUGCUGUGUAGUGACCCUUUGCCAGGAGCUGGAUCUCAGUUGCUGC